AGAAGCACCGAACUCCACCGUGAACCCGCAGCCCCCACCCACUUAACCAAACCAACACAAGAAAUCAAUCCCUUACCCAAUACAACCCCCAAUCAGGAGGAAAUCGUGGAAAAACCAGCAAAUUCGAGGUGGUAUGUGGAGGGAGACCGGCUGGUUUUUGUAGCAUCACCGAAAGUUCGAAUAUUGAAAGGGAAGGUGUAUUCACCGUUGAAAUUCCGGUGAGUGUUCGAUAUGCUUUCGGGUGAAACUUUUUUAUAAGUGUUUGAAUUGAGUUGUUCAUAUGUCCUCGGUUGCUUCCAUUUCCAAUUUGGCUAUCAAUUUAAUUUAGAAAAUGAUCAAUUCGGAAUCUAUUAGAGAUUAGGAGAGCGAAUUUGUUCUUUUAUAGUUAAAAUUGAAAGUAUAAUCAUUUGUUUUGCAUCCAAAAGAUUGAAUGCGUUAAAAAAAAAAAUCUUAUGCUAAUGUAUCCGUUAGUACUUUAGUAAUGAACAAGAUAAUAAUGUAAGUUAAUUCCUGCUUGAGAUGUUUGUUGUUGCCUUUGAUGACUUUAAAGAAUGUGGGUUUUUUUUUCCUUAAAAAAAGUUUUUAUCUGGGUUGUUUUGUUGCUUUUUGAAAUGGGAAUGCUUAAGUUAUUUAUGUCAUUUGUUGUGUUUGUUGCUAUUGAUGAGUGUAAAGCUUGUGAUUUUCUUUGAUGUCCAUGGGUUGGCAUUAUUAAUAGGAGUUCAAGCUUAAUUGGUGUGCAUUUUAGACAGUAGUAGCUAUAGGCAGCAAAGUUAUAAAUGGGAGGUACUGAAGAUAGUGUGGGCUUGAAGAGAAUUGUGUUUGUAACUGUGGGAACAACAUGCUUUGAUGCUCUCGUAAAAGCUGUGGAUACUUUGGAAGUGAAACAGGAAUUGUCUAGGAGAGGGUACACCCACCUUGUCAUUCAAAUGGGUCGAGGAACUUAUGUGCCCACUAAGCAGUCUCUUAGAGAAGAUGGGUCCUUUGCUGUAGACUACUUCACUUUUUCAUCAAGCAUUGCUGAUCAUCUGAGGUCAGCAUCUCUUGUAAUUAGUCAUGCUGGGUCAGGUAGCAUAUUUGAGACCUUGCGACUGUCUAAACCCUUAAUUGUGGUGGUUAAUGAAAGUUGUUAACUAAUAGAGACAAAGUAGUAGAAAUGGUUGACCCCUCUCUAAAGGGCCAAUAUUCAAAGAAGGAUCUGAUUCAGG